AUGGCUGCUUCUUCUGCUUCAUCUACUUCUUCCAAACGCAAUGUCGAAUUGCAAGCUGACCAUCCAUGUAAGUGUGACAUGCCAUUGCGUGUGAAUAUUUCAAGAACACCAGACAAUCCAGGAAAAAAAAUUCAAGUUUGUCAAAACUCUCUGGAAUGGUUGGAAGAGGAUGAGUACGAAGUAGAGAAGACAAGUGAUUUGGGACAAAUCUACAACCUAACAUUCAGGCUUGGAAAUUUGGAAAACGAAAUUAGUAUAUGCAGGAAGAAGUUGGAAGAAGAGAAGAACUCUGAUUUGGUUUUCGGACAAGAACUGGACAAAGUGAAGUCGAAGUUGUUUACUCAUAAAGUUGCAUUGUUUGUGUUAUUUUUCUUGUAUGUUAAAGAUGUAGUUUUUAAAGUUUGA